ACAAAAUGGCGUCAGUGACACAUUCGAGGCUGUCAAAUCAGCUUGGGAUACGCCUAAAGUUUACUCUUUUUUAUUUAAUAUUUACAAAGAAAAUACAAUAAUAUGAAUACAGUGAGUGUGGAAAUAGUUUGUGACAACUAAGCUACUUAUUGAAAAUUAAUGGUCCAUGUAAAAGUUUUCCUUUGACCUGUUUUUUUUAACUUGCUCUCAGCACUACUUAGCCUAUAUCUUGAGCAUCAUGACACAACUUACUCUUUAUCGAUACAAAAUUAAACGUUAAUUACCGAUAAAAUUGGAUAUAUUAUUUUGUUUAUCAUACCUCUGAUCGAGGUAAACAUUUAACAAGUAAUUUACACACAUUUUUCAUGGAUAUGAAAAUUUCUUUUUGGUACAAAUUAAGAAUCUAAUCGCGAAGGCUGUAAACUAGAUUUUUAUUUAAAAAUGGAAGCAAUAGUUGAAUACAACUAUGUGGCUCAAGAGCCUGAUGAAUUGACCCUGAAAAAAGGAGACGUCAUUAAAGAUAUCAAAAUGUUACAUGGAGGUUGGUGGCAAGGAACAUUGAAGGAUAAGCGUGGCAUGUUUCCUGACAACUUUGUCAAGGUUUUAGAGACAACUGCGGGAUCAGCGUCAGGAACACUGGCCGGAAAUCGAACAAAUAUCGGAACCGGGGAGGGCAGCUCGAGUUCGAAAAGUGAUGAGGUGACACUGCGUAACGGAGGAUCGGGAAGACGAAUUUGUCGUGUUUUAUUUAGUUAUGAGCCAUGUAAUGGCGACGAAUUGAAACUUGUGCCCAAUGAAAAUGUUGAAUUUUUGGGCGAAGUUGAAGAAGGUUGGUGGCGUGGAAGACUUAAUCGACGUGUCGGCGUAUUUCCCUCAAAUUUCGUGAGUCCACCGUCUCAUGAGGAAACGACAAAAAAUAAGGACAAGGAGGUUGAGGAAUUGUGUCGAGUUCUAUUUCCCUAUGAGACAACGAACGAGGAUGAAUUGACACUUGCCGAAGGCGAUAUUAUUAAAGUGCUCUCAAAAGAUGCACCCGAUAAGGGCUGGUGGCAAGGUCAACUUAGAGGACGAAUAGGUUUAUUUCCGGAUAAUUUUGUCGAAGUUUUAAAUUCAAAAAGUGAACAGGAACAUGAUCAGUGUGAGGAGGUGAAUCAAGUUGCGCCAAAAAUUAAGCACUCAAUAAAAGCAAUUGAAAAAGCAUACACUCGAAAAAGUUUAGAUACUAAAAGCGUUAAGACAGAUACGGUUGGUAAGAAAGUAGCAUCACCACCUUCACCUCUAGGAAGCGGAAGUAGCGAUAAAAAGUCUAUUUUAUCAAGUUUGAAACGCCUUGUGGGCGACAAUGGCAGUAGCAGUAGUAAUAAUAACAGUAAUAAUAAUGGAAAUGGAAGCGUGAGUAUGGGUUUGGAGGAAGAAUUGGACGGUGUUGAGCGAGGAGAAGGUUUACCCCUUUCACAUUUGACGGCCUCCAGAGCUAAAGCUCCUCGAAGACGACCACCGACUACACAACAUUUACGACACACAGCUGCGUCUUCAGCUACUUCAUUAACGUCGCCAGGACAUGCUGCCAGUACAGAGGAUAACAUGACGAAUGGAAAUACGGAAAAUUCUACUGAACCUCUGAGAGAAGACGAUGGCGAUGGUCCGAUUGGAAAACGAAAGCCUCCAUGGGUUGACGAGUUAAAGCAAAAUCAAUUGGAAAGAAAGAAGCACGGAAUUGAUCGAGUGGACAAAAGCGAAGUAAAGAAGGAAAGAGUAGUUACAAGUUUUCAACGAUUACGAACUACGACAAAUGUGGCGGAAGUUGGCAUAAAGCCGGAGCCAGGAACUGAAGAGAAAUCGAAAGAAAUUGAAAAGGCAACUCCAACAGACGCAUCGAAUCACGUUUCACCCAAUACAGCACAACCUGCUUUUGUACCUUAUCAUGUAUUUAGUCAACUUCUAGACAGGGUCGUUGCAUUGGAGAGAACUGUGAAUCAACUUUUAAUGGCAAACAGUUCAAAAAAUGAUGAAUAAUUUUCAAAAAGGACUGCUGCUCUCCGCUUCUAUUCCCUCCUUUUCAUCUCAAAAGACAAAAUUGUUUGUCACUGUAAGUAAAUUAAUUGAUUGUUACAAACAUAUACAUAUAUUUAUUUAAUAUCGCAAGCAAAUCGGGCUGAAAUUUUUAUUCAAUUGCAUUUAUAAAACGAAGACUUAUUUAAAACGCAACAUUCCAAGUGACAUUCUAUUACUUCAAAACAUUUUUUUUAAUUUAUAUAUUCUACAAUAUAAUUAACGAUUCUUUUGCCUGAUAGGGAAAAAUCGAAUAUUUUUAAAAAAUUAACAUUAAUUGAAAUAAAAAAGAAACCGAAUAGGUUAAAAUUUUACAUGAAAAAAAAAGAAAUCGGUUAGUGAUUUGUAAGUACUUUAGCAAUUAAAAAAAAAAUAGUUAUUGACUGUAAGAAACAAUUUUAAAAAAUUAGUCUUGUUGUGCCAACACGUUCCGAGUUUUCAGUUUUUUUUAUAUCUAGACAAAUCACGAAUAUUUAAUUUUUAAACAAAUUUAAGUUAAUAUUUUUUUACUUAAGUUAAUGGUAUAUAAAUACUAAACUUAAAUUUCAUCUUAAUUGAAUUUAUUACAGUAAUUAAUAAUUAAUUUCUUUUUUUAAUUUUAAAAGAACGAAUUUUUAAUUAUUUUAAUGAACCUUAUUAACUUCUAGUCGUAUUGUGAAUUUUGAUUUAAUGAGAAUUACAAAAUUAUUUUUGGGAGAAAAUUUAUGUUUUUGAAAAAGAAACUAUGAUUUGCUUUAAUCGAAUGAAAGAUAAUGGAUUUUAUUUUAUCCGGUGAUUAGAGUAAGAAAUUGUGAUUUCGUAGAUCUGAGCGAAGAGUGAUGAUGUACAGAGAGAGAAAGAGAGAGAGAGGAAGGAAAUAAAAAUUUCCAAUGUUAAUUCUCAGAUCAAUGUAGAAAAAAUGAAAAUAAAAUGACGAAAAGAGAUUGA